UCCGCAAAUUGGGAAGAAAAAAGAUCAGUGUAACUGUCUAAUUAGUGAAAAAAUGUUUAAAAAUACGUUUCAGACUAGCGGUAAACUGCGGUUGUCUACUUCGAGGAAUUGUUUUCGUAAUUUUGAGGGAAGAUGGAAAGGGAAGAAGAGAUGGGUAUCUACUCAAUUGGAGUUACCGAGGAACGUUCUCGAAGCAGAAUAUGCGGUGCGUGGACCAAUACCAACUCGAGCCGAACAGCUUGAAAAAUCCCUGAGGUCAGGCAAUAGGCACCCGUUCUCAGAAAUUGUAUACUUCAACGGUGACAAGGCAGCUUGCAUUAUACGUUAUACGAUGGUAUAAGACAACGUAUUGGAAAUCCACAAUUUUUCGGACAGAAACCAAUUACGUUUUUCCGACAAGUGAUGAGUUUAAUGGAACUACCAAGCAUGAUUCCCAUAGUAAAAAAUGAAUUUCCAGCUGAUGUCAUUGAAAGAGCAAAGCAUUACAUCAAUUUGCUAGAACUACCAGGAACAGGCGCCUAUACGCGUAGCCAAGGAUUGUGCUUUGUUUUAGAGGACGUGGCCCGAUUUAUUACCGCGAGAGAUAACUUAUGUGAUCCCUCCGUCAGAUCAAGAGAUCCUCAUGCUUAUUCGCUGCCUGACAACAUCUUUCUCGGCGACGGCUCCAGUUGCCUCAUCCGACGUGUACUCCAACUUCUUAUCAAUGGCCCAAGUUCCGGUAUCAUGAUCCCUGUUCCUCAAUACCCUCUCUAUUCUGCCACUAUUUCACUUCUUGGUGGAUCUCAAAUUCCUUAUUAUCUCGACGAAAGCAAUAACUGGUCUCUCGACAUGAACGAGCUUGAAAAAGCCUAUUUCGAUGCUUCUGCAAACGACGUCUCAGUUAAGGGCCUCGUCGUUAUCAACCCCGGUAAUCCUACAGGACAAGUCUUGACACAAACCAAUAUGGAAAACAUCAUCCAGUUUUGUAAACUCAAAGACCUUGUCCUCAUUGCCGAUGAAGUCUACCAAGAAAAUAUCUAUGAUCCCGUCCGUAAGCCAUUCAUCUCUUUCAAAAAAGUCAAACACCUCAUGGGAACCCCCUACCAAGACGUCAAGCUUUUUUCCAGUAAUAGCGCCUCUAAAGGCUUUGUCGGAGAGUGUGGAAGAAGAGCAGGGUAUAUAGAGAUGGACGGGAUACCUGAUAUAGCACGUCAGGAGUAUAUCAAACUAUGCUCGAUUGAGCUGUGCCCUAAUACAAUGGGACAGAUACUGGUGGGACUGAUGGCACGCCCCCCAGUGGAAGGAGAAGAGUCAUUCAAACAAUAUGAAAGAGAGAGGGAUGAAAUAUUGAAUUCCUUGUCCGUUCGGGCAAAUAUUAUCAUAAGUCGCUUGAGAUCGCUUGAAGGGGUGACCUGUACAAAACCCGAAGGAGCAAUGUACGUAUUUCCCUCACUGACAAUUCCAGCACGUGCAAUUCAGAAAGCGGAGGAAUGUAACAUUCCUCCUGACACGCUAUACUGUCAGGAAUUGUUAGAGCAGACUGGAAUUUGCGCGGUGCCCGGAUCUGGGUUUAAGCAGGUGCCAGGUACCCACCACCUCCGAAUGACGUUUUUGCCACCCAAAGAGAAGAUGCUGUACAUUCUGGAUAAUCUUCUGACUCAAUUUCACCGCCGAUUUAUGGAGAAAUAUUCAUAAUGUAAUAAUUGACACAUGCACAUAAAAAA